CUGAUUUCUGGGUCAGCAGGCACCCUGCCCACACUCUGUGAAUGGGGCUCAGUGCUGGGCACUGACACUGGACAGCAGAGGGAGGACUAUAGCUGUUCGCCCUCACUCCUAUCUGCACGCUCACAUCAGACUCUUCAGCAGAGCUCUUCUGUGCUCUGACCGGGAUCAAACUGCUCGACGACUUUCUUGGCUUUCUGUGAAGAGCGGUUCAGCCCCGACGACGCCCAGGCCAACCUGCUGGCCUUGCGCAGAGGAGUCUUCUACCGUAACUACGUAGAGUUUUAACUGGGAGAGAUGCAAGAGCCAAGAGCCUGGAGCCGUGAAGCCCAUUUAGCUGAUCACUUUGGAGGGGGUGGAAUCCAAUUCUUCCACUAGCAGCGGAUGAUUUGUGAAUUUAAAAACACCAGAAAAAAAGUUGACUAAAAAUGUCCACUCUGCAGUGGGAGGACAUGACAGCACUGGAAUCCGCGCAGCUGAGAGGCUACCGGUCGAUGAAUCCCUGCCCAGUCUACGAUGAGUUCACCGGCACCGUCUUCCUGUUCUUCAUCGCCGUGCUGGGACACACCUCCGAGUCCCAGCAGCUCAUCACCGGCAAGAACGUCACGCGGCUGUGCUACGUCUCCAGCGGGGACCAAGGGCGGAGCUGGAGCUCGGUCACGGAUCUCACUCAGUGCACUAUCGGAGACACCAUCGAGGAUUGGGCCACCUUUGCUCUGGGGCCGGGCCAUGGCAUUCAGCUGAAAUCUGGACGACUCCUCGUCCCAGCAUAUGCCUACUACAUCCACUGCCGGGAGUGUUUCGGCAAGGUGUGCCUCACCACACCGCACUCCUUCUGCUUCCACAGCGACACUCAUGGCCGCACCUGGCGCUUUGGGGAGUUCGUACCGAACCUGAAGACCGUGGAGUGCCAGAUGGUGUCGGUGGAUGAAGAGAGCGGCACAAAUGUCCUGUACUGCAAUGCCCGCACCCCGCUGGGAUACCGGGUGCAGGCACUGAGUUUCGAUGAUGGGGCGGUGUUCCAGGAGGGGCAGCUGGUCCAGAAGCUGGUGGAGCCGCCUCAUGGGUGUCACGGAAGUACAGUGGGUUUCCCAGCACCCUUUGACUUCCAGUCUCAGACUUUGUCCGCCACCCACAAAGCUCUCACCGGAUGGCAGGAGCAGGCAUCCCAAACACUCCUAAGAUCCCGCAGCACCAUGCUGGACAGAAACCCUGUUGCUCUUCCCACCAGUUCACACUGUGGCAAAAAGAGUCAGCUCCACAAAGGUCAAAGUGCAAAGUUCCUUCCUCCUACCUGGGUGAUCUACUCCCACCCCACAUUCCCUUCGAGCCGUCUUGAUCUGGGGAUCUACCUCAGCCUGUUCCCCAGAGACCCUGACAGCUGGACCGAGCCCUGGGUCAUCUACGAGGGUCCAAGUGCCUACUCAGACCUGGCUUACCUGGAGCUGCCUUCCCUGGACUCCUUCGACAGCCCCCCAGGCAUAGCGUUCGCAUGCCUGUUUGAGAACGGUACCCAAACCCCAUACGAAGAGAUUUCCUUCAGCAUCUUCACAUUCUAUGAUCUCAUUCGUAACAUCCCCAGGGGAGAAGGUUGCUUCAGGGGGAAACCUGAGAUGAGGCGCAGCAGGAAAUGGAAUCACUGCAGUGUUGCCUAGAGAUGUCCUCACCUCCAUCCUGCACCAAAACUGAGGCUGAUUUCACUUUUUCACCAUUCUCUAUGUGUUCACUUGUGCUGCAGAAUCUUAGAGCAUGGUUAUAGACUCGGAAAACCCACCCAUUAAAACCGCCCUUCCAGUAAAUAGAUCUGGUCCUGUCGUCCAUGGAGUUUUGGUUCAAGCUGGGCUGUGACAUUAGUCAAAUAUGACUGGGAUUUCUCCAAAACUGGUUUGUUAAACAGUGCCCCAGGCUGUUGGGUCCACAGCUGGGAAAGGUGUCCUCAGCUUGCAAUGAGGCAAUGGGUUUAUGUCUUCCCAGGUAACUUUGAGCUCCUUUUAAUGCUUCAGUUCUGCCAUUGCUGUGAUGUGAAAAAGAAGCAAAGGCCGACUGUUUAGGUUGGCCCUUAAAGGGGUGGAUAAUUGGGCUGGAUAAUCUAUUUACAUGAUAGAAUAAGGUUUAAAAUGUCUGGGUUUAAGCAGGAACCGCUUUUUCAGACUAUAAAGAAUAAUCCACUGAUGUGUGGUUAAUGAUGCUGUCUGUUAUGUUUUUCCACUCCAGGGCUGUCUGCUGACGUAGGCUGGCCCCUUGGUAAACAUCCAGCACAUCCAGUAUUGGCCUGUCUUUUGCACAAUAGCCUUAUUUCAUAACCCAUCCUGUUGUAAGUCUGUGGUGAGAGUGAGAUCAAUCCAGAUCUCACUGUGAAACCUAAGAGCAGAGAUUCUGCACUGAGCAGGGUAUCUCACUC